AUGGACAACAGCCGCAAAGUCAAGUUUGUCGAGGUAGACACGACCCGUGGCGGUCUCCCGGUGAAGCGCAAGCAGGUCCAACAAGCCUGCACAUCGAUUCAUCAUGCACUAACUCGCCUAAGCACUGGGGCUAGAUCCCCUUCAUCUGCCCGCGGUGGCAGACCUACUCACUCCAAUGGCGCCGGGCCGCGCCGGUCCAGCGCCAACGCGUAUGCUGAUCCAUUUGCGCCGUCAACGGCACCGCCAUCUACUACGCCAACGCUCAACGAGGAACCCGCUAAGCUGCGGUCGCGCUUUGUCAGUGACCUGAACCCGGAGAGCAUGUUCUUCGAUGCCACGGAAGCUACGUCGACGCGUGAGAUGGCUCAAAAAGGCGAUGUCGGCAUCUGGCUUUCCUCUACUGUCAAUGGCUCAUCGGCUGGCCACCCCUCGCAGUUUAUCACAUCACGUCCGCCACCCAUCAUGGACCAUUUCCUGCUUCCCUUUGUCAAGGAGCACUGUCUCACCUGCUACCCGCCGGAAGAAGACUUUGCCAAGCUCAGGCACAUCUUCGUCCAGAAGAUCCAUCCGAUAUUCCCCAUCAUCCCGCUCGAGGCUCUCGAUGGGAACCCCAAUGAUUCCGUCACAAUCCUCCUCCGCCAGCUGGUAUCCCUUGCAGCCGGCACAGAUCCAGACGGAUCCCAAUACCUGCGUCUCAAGAACAAGGGCCCAGAUCUUUUCACCCCCCCUGAAUUCUCCCAGGCGCUCUCCUCGUCUGUCAGGGCUAUCCUGGAGACGAGCAUCAUUGCAGAUCGCGUCCUGCAUAUCCGCUCGCUGACAAUGCUGUCACUCUACACGCAGCCGACCUGUGCCGAGGAGUCCGACCUACCUGCCCAGCUCGGUGGCAGGGCCAUCCAACACAUCCAGACGCUAGGCCUGCACCUCUUGCGGUACGACGCGCCCAAUAGUGAUGACCUGGAGAACCUAUUCUGUGCUGUCUGGGCCCUGGACCGUAUGAAUGGUGCCAUGUAUGGACGCCCAUAUCUCAUUCAUGAGCGGGACAUCGGCACCAAUCUAGAUGCCUGUAUCAAGAAGCGCCCACCGUGCUUUCGGCUCUUUCUUCUCAUCUGCCAGUGGCUCGAUCAGGUGAUUGAUCUUUACCGUCCCGGUCCCAGUGCUGAGACGUCGAGCAUGGCCAAGGUUGCCUACAUUGACCUCCCUGUUCUCGAGGCCCUCAUCGUGGAAGCCGACGCUCUGAGAGAGCCGUCUUCCCUCAUCGGUCGGUGCCCUCCAGAAUCUACCUUCUCUGCUGUCAUCUGUACUGAUAAGAACCUUCCAGCCACCAUCGAGACAUUCUACCACUCAGUAAGCAUCCUUUCAUGCCGCCUGCCUCGGCCAGGAACGUUCCCGGCUGCAACGACGCUGCCACCUCCGUCGGCAAACGCACGCCGGUCGCUGUCUGCCGAGCGUAUAGCAUGUGCCGUACCGCGAGACUGCCUCAGUCCAGUACCCUUUGUCCCGCAUGCUGUCUCCCUCGCACUGAGCGUCGAGUACCGAAAGAUGCGCCACAGCCGACUCCCCAUGUUCCGCGCCCGGGCGAUGACGGCUUUCAGGCGUAACUGUCAAAUCCUGCGCGAGUUUGGCGACUACUUUUGGAGUGCAAACGUUGUUGCCGACCUGGGCGAGAGAAUACUCAAGGAGAUGGAGAGGGCAUCCACGACACUUGCCAGGGAAGCCUCUCCAUCAGUGGCAGCAGCAUUGCCUCCCAGCGGCGACGGUUCCAGAGGAUCGGCACAGGCUGCUACAGGCCGGGAUAACAAUGACGCUGGGGGUGUAGCCCAAUGGAGGCCGAGGGGGGAACUUGCCGCUCCGGGCCCGAUGGCCAUGCACAUGGCUGCCGGCAUGAACAACUUUGUCGACUUUUCCGCCAUUGACUCCGCCUCGGGACAGGACUUGUUUGACCACAUUGAUCCAAAUUUCAACCUCACAGCAGUCGAAGACGUUCUCGAGGCUCAUUUGGAUAUCGGGCUUCCCCUAAACUGGGGAGAAUGGGGGCAAUACACGGCAUGA